AUGAACAAGUCAAUGUGUGGCUGUGGCUGCAGCGUUGUUUCUUCCUUAAUGAAGAGGUUGAGCCGUUCGACCUGCUGCUACAAUCUGUUCUCUGCUAGCCAUACAUCAGACCAGUUGCAGAGAUUAUCCAUCGAAUGUCCUAGACAACCUAAGAAUGUGAAAACCUUUGCAUCUUCUGAUAGCCUAGCCAAGGUCCAAGAAGUAGCAAGCUGGCUUUUGGAAAUGAAUCAGGAACUGCUCUCUGUGGGCAGCAAAAGACGACGCACUGGAGGCUCUCUGAGAGGGAACCCUUCCUCAAGCCAGGCAGAUGAGGAGCAGAUGAACCGUGUGCUGGAGGAGGAGCCGCAGCCGCAGCUCAGACACCAAGAGGCGGAGCACGCGGUGAGGAAUGGUGAAGUCGUUGGAGCAGAACCUAGGCCUGGAGACCAAAGCGAUUCCCAGCAAGGACCGCUGGAAGAGAACAACAACCGGUUUAUUUCGGUAGAUGAGGACUCCUCCGGAAACCAGGAAGAACAAGAGGAAGACGAAGAACAUGCUGGUGAACAAGAUGAGGAGGAUGAAGAGGAAGAGGAAAUGGACCAGGAGAGUGAUGAUUUUGAUCAGUCUGACGACAGCAGCAGGGAAGAUGAACACACACACAGUAACAGUGUCACAAACUCUAAUAGUAUCGUGGACCUGCCUAUUCACCAACUCUCCUCCCCGUUCUAUACAAAGACAACAAAAAUGAAAAGAAAGUUGGACCAUGGUUCUGAGGUCCGCUCUUUUUCUUUGGGAAAGAAACCAUGCAAAGUCUCAGAAUAUACAAGCACCACUGGGCUUGUACCAUGUUCAGCAACACCAACGACUUUUGGAGACCUGCGAGCCGCCAAUGGUCAAGGGCAACAACGACGCCGAAUUACAUCUGUGCAGCCACCUACAGGCCUCCAGGAAUGGCUGAAAAUGUUUCAGAGCUGGAGUGGACCAGAGAAAUUGCUUGCUUUAGAUGAACUUAUUGAUAGUUGUGAACCAACCCAGGUAAAACAUAUGAUGCAAGUGAUAGAACCCCAGUUUCAACGAGACUUCAUUUCCUUGCUCCCUAAAGAGCUGGCACUUUAUGUGCUUUCAUUCCUGGAACCCAAAGACCUGCUACAGGCGGCUCAGACUUGCCGCUACUGGAGAAUUUUGGCUGAAGACAACCUUCUCUGGAGAGAAAAAUGCAAAGAAGAGGGUAUUGAUGAACCAUUGCACAUCAAGAGAAGAAAAGUAAUAAAACCAGGUUUCAUACAUAGUCCGUGGAAAAGCGCGUACAUCAGACAGCACAGGAUCGAUACUAACUGGCGGCGGGGAGAGCUCAAGUCUCCUAAGGUGCUGAAAGGACAUGAUGAUCAUGUGAUCACGUGCUUACAGUUUUGUGGUAACCGAAUAGUUAGUGGUUCUGAUGACAACACUUUAAAAGUUUGGUCAGCAGUCACAGGCAAAUGUCUGAGGACAUUAGUGGGACACACAGGUGGAGUAUGGUCAUCACAGAUGAGAGACAAUAUCAUCAUUAGUGGAUCCACAGAUCGGACUCUCAAAGUGUGGAAUGCAGAGACGGGAGAAUGUAUACACACCUUAUAUGGUCAUACUUCCACUGUGCGUUGUAUGCAUCUCCAUGAAAAAAGAGUUGUUAGCGGUUCUCGAGAUGCCACCCUUAGGGUUUGGGAUAUUGAGACAGGCCAGUGUUUACAUGUGUUGAUGGGUCAUGUAGCAGCAGUCCGCUGUGUUCAGUAUGAUGGCAGGAGGGUUGUGAGUGGAGCAUAUGACUUCAUGGUGAAGGUGUGGGACCCAGAGACAGAGACUUGUCUGCACACGCUGCAGGGCCACACCAACAGGGUCUACUCACUACAGUUUGAUGGCAUCCAUGUGGUGAGUGGAUCUCUUGAUACAUCAAUCCGCGUUUGGGAUGUGGAGACAGGGAACUGCAUUCACACGUUAACAGGACACCAGUCGUUAACAAGUGGAAUGGAACUUAAAGACAACAUUCUUGUCUCUGGGAAUGCAGAUUCUACAGUUAAAAUCUGGGAUAUCAAAACAGGACAGUGUUUACAAACAUUGCAAGGUCCCAACAAGCAUCAGAGCGCUGUGACCUGUUUACAGUUCAACAAGAACUUUGUCAUUACCAGCUCAGAUGAUGGAACUGUAAAACUGUGGGACUUGAAAACGGGUGAAUUUAUUCGCAACCUAGUCACAUUGGAGAGUGGGGGGAGCGGGGGAGUUGUGUGGCGGAUCAGAGCCUCGAACACAAAGCUGGUGUGUGCCGUCGGGAGUCGCAAUGGGACGGAGGAAACCAAGCUGCUGGUGCUGGAUUUUGAUGUGGACAUGAAGUGA